UAGAUUAAAAAUAUUUUAGGGAAAGAUUUGGAAAAAAAAAAAAUAGUAAUGCAGUCGCCAGUUCCAGUUUUCGUUGCAGCCAGCAGUGGCGAGAAAGGGCUAAAAGGCAUUGUGGCCGGAGGUAUUACUGGUGGGCUGGAAAUUCUCAUCACAUAUCCCACGGAGUUCGUGAAGACCCAAUUGCAGCUGGACGAAAAGGGGGAAAUGAAGAAGUUCAAUGGAAUCGCCGACUGUGUGAAGAAAACGGUCAAGCAGAAUGGAUUCUUUGGCCUCUAUCGAGGCUUGAGCGUCUUGCUGUUGGGCAGCAUACCGAAAAGCGCCGCCAGGUUCGGUGCCUUUGAGUUCUUCAGCAAUAAGAUGCGUGAUGAGAGUGGCGGGCUGACCAUGACAAGACGCUUCUUUUCCGGCAUGCUGGCUGGCAUGACCGAGGCGGUGGUGGCCGUCACACCCAUGGAGACAAUCAAGGUGCGCUUCAUCAACGAUCAACGAAGCGCAAAGCCCAAGUACAAGGGACUGUUUCAUGGUGUGGGCCAGAUCGUCAAGAGUGACGGAAUUGGUGGGAUCUACAAGGGACUGCCAGCCACUGUGAUGAAGCAGGGCUCCAAUCAGGCCAUUCGAUUCUUUGUGCUCUUUACGCUCAAGGACUUGUACACUGGCAGAGACAAGACAAAGACGGUGCCAAAACCGUUGGUUGGAGUGUUUGGAGCCAUUGCCGGUGCCGCAUCGGUGUUUGGCAAUAAUCCCCUCGAUGUGGUCAAGACACGAAUGCAGAGCUUCGAUUCCGCCAGAUACAAGAACACACUGGACUGCGCCAUUCAGGUCCUACGUCAGGAGGGUCCCAUGGCCUUUUACAAAGGAACAGUGCCGCGCCUGGGCAGGGUCUGUCUCGAUGUGGCUAUUACAUUCAUGAUCUACGAUACGAUCAUGGAUGUGUUUAAUUUGCUUUGGAAAUAAAUCGUAUUAUUCAAUGUA